AUGACGCUGCAGGUCCUCGCUGUCAGGAAGUGUUUACGACAGAUCCAUAGAACCCAAAUAGCAAAGAGAUAUCGUGACAGAGAAAGAGAUAACAAUUUGCUGAAUAUCAUCAUGUUUCAUGGGAUACCAGCUACAGGUGGUGUUGGUGCUCCAGCCAAUAAACCUGAGCUUUAUGAGGAAGUAAAAUUGUACAAAAAUGCAAGGGAACGUGAAAAAUAUGAUAACAUGGCAGAGUUGUUUGCUGUGGUCAAAACCCUUCAGGCCCUUGAGAAAGCUUACAUCAAAGACUGUGUAACACCUAACGAAUACACAGCCUCCUGCUCCAGGCUUUUGGUUCAGUACAAAGCCGCUUUUAAACAGGUGCAAGGGUCUGAUGUUGGAUCCAUUGAUGAUUUCUGCAGAAAGUACAGAUUGGAUUGUCCUUUGGCAAUGGAAAGGAUUAAAGAGGAUCGUCCCAUCACAAUCAAAGAUGAUAAAGGCAACCUAAACCGCUGCAUUGCAGAUAUAGUAUCUUUGUUUAUCACUGUUAUGGACAAAUUAAGACUGGAGAUCAGAGCCAUGGAUGAGAUUCAACCUGACCUACGAGAGCUAAUGGAAACUAUGAACAGAAUGAGCAACAUGCCACCAGACUCUGAGGCUAAGGACAAAGUGAACCUCUGGUUGACUACACUCAGCAGCAUGUCAGCCUCGGAUGAACUCGAUGAUAAUCAGGUGCGCCAGAUGCUCUUUGACCUGGAGUCUGCAUACAAUGCCUUCAACCGCUUCCUACACUCUUCCUGA